AUGCGAUUAAGAUUUAUCGAUCGUUUAUUCGCGCGAUUGAGACCUGCUCGAAAGAUAGAAAUAAACUCAGAAACAACUACGAAUCAGAUUAGUUCCAUCGUCAUUCUCAAGAAAUUGUUGAGCUUCGGAAAUACUGCGGAUUACGUUAUGAUACUUGUCGGCAUUUUGGCGGCAGUCAUCUAUGCUGUUGGCCAUGUGUUUUUUGUUUUCAUUUUUGGCGAAUUGGUCGGUUUAUUUGUCGAACGCAUAUCGUCAGCUGAAUGUACAGAUUCCAACACAACUAUUUGCCAGUACAGUAAUACGUCGUCUAGUCUCUGUUUGACGUCUAACAUCUCGAAUACGACUUCAAUUGAUAACUUGACAAAUAGAGCAUCUUUCUACAAUAAUGUUCAUAGAAACGUCAUCCAACUAGUUGUUAUUGGAUUGAUUCAAAUCUUGGUUUACUACAUUCAAUACGUUUCCUUUGAAUUGUCUUCUUGUCGAUUGGCAAAUCGUAUUAGAGUACAACUAUUCAAAGCCACACUCGCCCGGGAAGUAUCAUACUUUGACGUUACCGAAACGUCGAUUUCGAACUUGUUCGAAAACGUUGCUGUUGUACAGUCAGGCAUUGGUUGGAAGAGUGCAGCUAUCUUUUCUGGUUUUAUCUUUGUUAUCAGCAGUUUUAUUCUCGCAUUGGUCGUCGAUUGGAAAUUGACUUUAAUUGUUUGCAUCGCAGAACCACUCAGUGUGGGUGCAGCAUUCGUUUUAUCAAAGUUAACGGCUCAGGCGACUCUUUCCGAAAUCAAAUCGUAUGGGCAGGCAGCAACAGUUGCUGAGGAAGUGUUUAGUGGUAUUCGGACAGUGAUUGCUUUCAAUGCACAAAACAACGAACAGAUGCGAUACGAAUCGAAGUUGAAACAUAAUGUCAAAUAUGCACUCCGAAAAGGAUUUCUCUAUGGUUGUUAUGUUGGAGUGUUGGCAACGUUCGUUUACUGGACAAGUGCACUUGGCUACCUUGCUGGAACGUGGCUUAAAAUAACAGGAAGACAUCCAUCAUUGAGCAUUCGUCAGAUUGUUGUGGUUGUUACGUCUAUAACGGAAGGUAUGCAGUUCCUUGGCUAUCUGGCGCCAAGCAUGAAGACAUUUCUCGAUGCAUGUACAAUCGCUCUACCAAUCAUGGAUUUUAUUGAAGAAAGCAAAAUUCGUGAAGAAGCACAGGCAGAAAUACGUUCCAUACCAGUUGCUCAAGCAAUUCGCAAGAGUAUAUUAACUUGCCCGGAUGGUGAACCCGCGGUUGAAAUCGUUUUCGACAAUGUUUCCUUUGCGUAUCCAAGCGGUGAGAAGCGGUUGGCUUUGAAUAAUGUUUCAUUUCGAAUUAAAGCGAAUCAAACCGUCGCAUUUGUCGGCAGUUCAGGCAGUGGCAAAAGCACUUGUAUUCAACUUUUGCUUCGUUUCUACGAUCCACUCGACGGGCAAAUUCGGAUCAAUGGCCAUCCUAUUAACAGCUUUGAUCGAAAAGCUCUACGUCAGAAUAUUGGUCUUGUUAGCCAAGAGCCGGUACUCGAUACAUAUAUUCAGCUGUUUAGAACAACUAAGCUUUAUUCGAAGGUUCUUUUUGCAACAACAAUUCGAAAUAAUAUCGGGUAUGGAAAGGAGAAUGCCACUUUGGAGGAGAUUGUCGAAGCUGCUGAACAAGCCAAUGCUCAUCCGUUUAUCGAUAAACUUCCUCAAGGAUAUGAGACAGUCAUUGGCGAUCAAGGUGUGCAACUCAGUGGUGGUCAGCGACAACGGAUUGCAUUGGCACGGGCUCUCAUCCGACAACCAAGCUUGCUUUUACUGGACGAAGCAACAAGUGCACUCGAUUCAUCCAGUGAAAAGAUCGUACAAGAAACCAUCGAACAAACUACUAACGCUCGAACGACUAUCAUCGUUGCGCAUCGUCUUUCAACUAUUCGCUAUGCGGAUUGGAUCAUAGUUAUGAAAGACGGGUCAAUUGUUGAACAGGGUUCACAUGACGAUCUUUUUGCAGCGAGGAAUUUCUAUUAUCAAUCGGCGAUAAAACAGCAGGUGAAUUUGACACAUUGUGAGGAUUUGACGUCAACGGAUUUAGACGACGUUUCUAUGAAAGACAUCAGCACAUACGAACAGCAGGUAACAACUGAUGAAGUAGACUUUCUAGAUAUUCAAGAUGAAGAGAACGAUGAUAAACAAAUAAUGAAUGAAGUACAUCAGUCUUCGCAAGGUUCAUUGGGUUGUUUGAUUAAACUAUUUAAAUUAAAUGCUCCUGAAUGGCCUUACUUGAUCGUUAUUUGUCUAUCUGGUAUCGUUGCUGGCGGAUUUUAUCCGUCGUUUGCGUAUAUUCUUGCAGAAACAAUCAGUGCAUUUCAACAAUGUGAUCCUUCCGCGCAAAUGGAUAAAGUAAUUCAAUUCACGCGUAUUAUGUUUCUUUUGGGUAUUGGAGUGAAUUUGAUCAAAAUUGUUCACUAUGUUUGUCUGGCCGUGUCUGGAACCCGCUUAACAGAUCGGUUACGAAUGAAAUCAUUUGCAUGCAUGUUACGGCAAGAAGUGGCAUGGUUUGAUAAAAGUGAAAAUAAUACGGGUUCUCUCUGUGCACGUCUUUCAGCAGAUGCAAUGGCUGUUCAAUCAUUGACAAAUGUUCGUCUGGGGUUGCUUAUUGAAUCUUUAUCGUUAUUGUUGGUUGCGCUGAUUAUCGGACUGAUAUUUUCUUGGCAAUUGACUUUGAUGGUCUUUGGUUUAAUUCUAUUCGAAUUGACUGGUGCGAUCAUCGAUAUUCGGAGAAAGAGUCGCCUACAGACAAAGAUCGACAGCAUCUUAUCUAGUUGUAAUGCGUUGAUCACGCAAACUGUACGGAAUAUUCGGACCGUUUUUCAACUGACUAGAGAAGAGCAUUUGUUGGAUCAAUUUCAAAAUGUUAUCGAUCGAAGUUACAAAAUAAUCAAACCGAGUGUGUUCAAGGGCGGUGUAGCGUUUGCAUUUUCAUUCCCAAUAGCAACAUUGAUCUUGCCUUGUCUGGCUGAGCUGGCCGUUGUUCUCCUGGACGAUGGUCUUAUUGAUCAUCAGCGCAUUGUUUUAUUAUUCGCUUUCGUACCAUUUUCAUUUGAUGUCAUACAAACAUCGGCAAUGAUUUCAACUGAAUUGGGUGGAACAACAGCGGCAGCGAGGCGUUUGAAUCAAUUGUUUGAACGCAUUCCCCUGAUUGAUAAUAUGUCUACAGAAGGUCAACAAAUUAAGGAUUUCUCUGGAACCAUUCAAUUCGAUCGAGUAACUUUCGCUUAUCCGACACGCAGUUCAAUCAAUGUCCUGCAUAAUUUUCAAUUAACAGUACGAGCCGGUAUGCGAGUAGCAAUAGUUGGUUCGAGUGGUUGCGGUAAAUCGACUCUGGCACAAUUGCUUGAACGAUUCUAUGACUGUAAUCGAGGACGUGUACUGCUCGAUGGCCAUAAUGUGCGAUCCUUAAAAUUAGGAUGGUUACGCGCACAAAUUGGUCUUGUUAGCCAGGAACCAAAUCUCAUAUUGGGCCUCACCGUGGCUGAAAACAUCGCAUUUGGCUGUCUGAUAGACACAUAUACCCACGAAGACGUUGUCGACGCAGCUAAACGAGCACAUUGUCAUACUUUUAUAGAAAUGUUACCUCAGGGUUAUGACACACCUGUAGGGCUGAAUGGGAGUUCAUAUUUAUCCGGUGGUCAGAAACAACGUAUUGCUAUUGCACGAGCUCUUUUUCGUAAACCAAAAAUUCUACUGCUUGACGAGGCGACUAGCGCACUCGAUGUACACAAUGAACAGCUGGUUGAAGAAUCGUUAAAUGCUGCAAGACAAGAUGAUCCAUCUCGAACAGUGAUGAUUAUUGCUCAUCGGCUUUCUACGAUCCAGUCGUGUGAUGUUAUUUGUGUCCUUGGUCCUAACGGACGUCUCUUGGAGUCUGGCACACACAGAGAAUUAAUAUUGCGUAACAGUGCAUAUCGGAAACUCGUCCUUGACCAUAUGUGA